AUUGGUGUUGAAGUGUGGUAAAAAAUAUUAUCGGAAUGAUGCUAAAAAGUAGUGAUUCAAUUUAUAGAAGACACGUGAUUUUAUUUAAGUCAUUGCAAAAGUUUCAGAAUGUAUCUUCACUGCAUAAAGUGGAUUGUACAAGUAUUUUUUUUUUUUCAAUAUUCAACGAAAAUGGUAUCCGGUCGUCCCAUACUAUAUUUGUCAUUGCCGGGAGUAGUAUUCAUUCUCGGUGUUUAUUGGUAUCGACGUCGCAAUAAAAAUCGUUCAAAUGGAGAUACAACUGAAAAAGAACCAGAAAACUUAAAUGCACAUAACUCAAAAGAAUCAAAACACCAAAUAAAUGGAAGUUUUAUGCAAAACAAGUCACAUCCAUUACCAAGUGAUUCAGUAAAUAUAAAUAAUAAAAAUGAAGGUGAAGAGAGUCCAACCGUCAGACUUUUUGGUAAAUCAGCUCCAAUCAAAAUUGUUCAGAAUUGCAGAGGUUCGCCUAUUAAACAACAACUGGUAGUCGAUUCAGAGGUUCUUAAAAACAAAAUACAAAGCGCUGAAAAUAACGUACUUCGCUCCAUCGAUGAAGACUUUGAAAACUUAUCCUCACCAGUUGAUUUGCCAGAUUCGGUGAAUAAUCGUAUUGCCUUUUAUUCCCGUAAUGUGAAUUGUAAAAGCGAUGCACCUGUUGUAAUAAAAGCUACCCGUACACCAAAAAUCUCACCUGAAAAUUCUUUCCUUGAAAAUAAGUAUACCAAAGAAUGUGAAGAAAAUAAUAAUUUAGAUCUUAUAGAAAAUGUAAAAAAUAAUAGUGAUGCAAGAAAUCAGCAAGGACAUCCAAUUCAAUCGUCCACCAAUAUCGCACUCGAAACUACUGAACAGAGUCCAAUUCUGGAAGAAAAUUUUAACAAAGAGAGCGCAAUGAACAUCUCUUGUCAAGAUGUUGAUAUUACGGAAAAUGGGAAACGUAACGUAGAUGCUGCCAGUCCAUCAUUGAGUUUAUGCAGCGUUCAAUCUGGCGAUUCAGGAAAAGGUUCAAGUUUACCCCGAUCCGAAGCAAAUCGUGCCAAAUCUACAUACGAAUUCUUUCUGCCAAAUAGUUUUAUAGGACACCUUUAUGGCAGAAAACAUUUUUUUAUAAACCAGAUCAAAGUCAAAACUUCGGCGAAUGUACUAAUACGCAAAACAAAUUAUGCUGGAAAAUUGGUUUGCAUUUGCAUUAUCGAGGGUUCUGAGAGUGAAAUAGAAGCUGCUUUGGCAAUGAUAAGACAACGCCUCCCUACAAAACGUUUUCCUAAUUUUACUAUGAAUAAAAUACAAUCUGCAUCUCCUCAAACUGUAGUUCCUUUGUCUGCAGACAGUUUACUUAAUUUACAGCUUAAACUGAUCGAAAACAUUAAUAACGAUGUAAUUGUUACUGCUGUAGUGAAUGGCGCACACAUGUUCGUGCAACAUCCUUUACAUCCCUCACAUCCUUCUCUGACUGUUCUUCAAAAGUGUUUGUAUGACAGCUACACUUUGAGUGAAGCACCGUUGUUGCCUGGUAUCGAAAUCAAUGCAGUUUGUGUACUCCCAGUAAAAGGAAUUUGGUAUAGGGUACAAAUAGUCGAACAAGACGCUGAGGAUAAGCAGCGUUGUGUAGUUAAAUUUUUAGACUUUGGAGGCUAUAUGAAUGUACAUUUCAAUGAAUUAAGGCAAAUUAGAUCAGACUUUAUGUCUGUACCAUUCCAAGCCACAGAAUGUGUUUUGUCUAACGUGGAACCGAUAGACUCCAUGUGGUCAUCGGAAGCUGUAGAUGUAUUGUGUCAGCUAACUAGAGGAAUUGUUUUACAAGCACAGGUAGCGGGAUACAAUAGCCAUAAUAUACCGGAAAUUUACUUAUAUGCUUACUUGGGUCCUGGUAAUAUUAUUUUCAUAAACAGGGAACUUGAAGCAAGAAAUCUAGCUAAAUGGGUUGAGUUGCGAGACUGAUUCAAAGGAGUAGAAAGUUUUUGUAAAAACUGUUAAUAGAAAAGCCACAAUUAUCAUAUAAUUAUUUUUAAAUAUUUAAAAGAACAAAACAUCGCUAUUUAAAAUUUAGAAAUAGUAAAUGUAUUUCAUUAGGUAAGUUAUUAUGCGCAUAGAUUAUAAAUUAAAUCACUUAUAGGAGUUGUGAAGAAGGCGUCGUUGAAGCAUCAUGCGUCAUGACAAUAGUCAUUUGUUUCAAGUGAAUAAACCUGUUGUAAAUAUGGAAGACAUAAAAAUUAAAAAGCGAAAAUUGUGGCGAUAUAUACAUAUAUCUAGGAAUAUAGCAAGCAAUAGAAGGCUCGUAUUAAAUCUGCCGGACAAAAAGUUUGAAAUAAACUCUUGUACAUAUAUAUAUAUAUAUAUGCAUAUUAAAAUAUUAUUUAUGUUAUAAAUAAUACAGUUUUAGGUCUCUUAUUGAUGCAUAAAAACAUGUUUUAAACAUAAACUUAUGUACGUAUAUUUUUUUACCAAACAUAGAGAGAACUAAAAAAGCAGCUACUUUUGCUAUAAUUUUCUGAAAGGCAUUUUGAUGUAAAUGAAAAUAAUUGGAAAAAAGUAAACUGUUGAAACAUUAAAUAUAAUUUUAACCGGUAUUUUCUUUUACAGCAUUUGUGACUUCAAAUAUUGACUGCCUUUUUAUCGAUUUAUUUACUUAUUUGAGUAUGUUGCAUUCUAUCCAGAAUGAAAUUGCAUCAAAAUGUCUCCUGUAUAUUAUAACUGAAAUUUAUAAUUGAAUAUGUAACAAGGUAAAAUAAUAUUUUCUUAAGUAAUAAUUUAGACCAUUUAAGUAAAUAUAAGUAGUACGCUAAACUGUAAUGUAUAAGUAAUUGUUCAGUUAUUCUUCUAAAAUGUCGUAUUUAUUUUGCACCUCAGUAAUGCCCAAAUGGCAUGUUUUUUACCAGAAUGAAAGCCCAUUAGCCUUAGUGUUAAUUAUUGUUUGAUUCAGCUUAGUUAGUUUUAAAUAAAAAUUGUUAGAUUUAUAUUUAUUCAUAAAGUGAUUUAAAGAAACGUUAUAAUGCUGAAUUGGAGUACACUUAUAAUAAAACAAUGGAGAUUUAAUAUUCUGAAGAUAACAUAAUAUAAAGCUUUGGCCAUAGUUCUUCUGCACUUAAGCAAAUUACACCGAUAGCUACGCAGACAACCAUACAUUUCUUCAUCUAUAUUUUAUUUAUCGAAAAUUGCUAAUAUUUGUAUCUACCAUGGAUUGUGAGGCCUACAACUCAAGUGCUAAAUGUUAUCAAAACUCAAAAAGAGUAAUUAAAUAGGCAGUAGAUAUCAGUUGACUCAGAAAUAAAUAAUAAAUAUAACGUUAUUAAAUCAUAAAA